AUGACGGAUAAUAUUAGAAGUGAAGAUAACCUGAGCCAUGUUUUAGUAAAGGUUCAGGACGAUUUGAAACGACUGAGACGGGACGUGGAUCGCAUCACUGCGCAGAGGAAUGGCGAAACGUUGGACCUUCAGGCGCUGAACGCUGCCAUCAGCAGAACAGAGGAUACAAUCAGAAAACGGGCUGAGGAGUACUUAAAGAUAGUGAACAGACAGAUGUUGAUGCUCCCGCCUAUUGAAGACGUUGAGAAGAAGACUGUGAAGAUUCCUAAAUGGAAACCAUCUACUGAGGCUCUCCUAGAAAUACAUCCUGAGAAACAUCAGAAGGUUUUGAUUUCACCUGGAGAGAAACACAAGGCAGCAUUUACUAUGCGUUUAUUGUACAACCCCACUCACCCACUGAACAGAGACCUCAUGCACCAGAGAUACGGCAUUGAACUCCCAGAACCACCCAAGAGAGCUGGAACCAAUGUGAGUUCCCCAUGUGUCAUCAGUCUAAUGGACAAGGCUUUUCCCUCCUCAACGGCUUACCUCCGUCUGACCCCAGUUCAGUCCAAAGCAGCCUACCUACACCAGAGAGAAGACAUCAUUGUCAACAAGACUGGCGUCUUGAAGCCAGACAAACGUCAGAAGGAGGUGAGCUGGGGUAAGAGCGUUGAGCAGGUUCAUGGCAGGACCCCAGCGUUGGGUGCCUCCAAGGCCUCAAACGACAAAACACUCCUGAUUCAGGGAACGUCUCAGCUCACCCCGGUCACUCCAGAGACUGCCCUGGUGCCGUAUACGGGUAAGUACUCCUUUAUCAUAAAGGAUGGGCGGAUAGACCCGGCUGCGGAAGACUACUGCUGUUUUAAGCAGCAUUACUGCCUGUGUUGGGAUGGCCUGGUGGAGGUGUUAAGGCAGAUUCAGAGGCUGCUGAGGGACUUUGCUGUGCCCCUGGCGUGGGUCUGUGGGGAACGGCUUGUGUCCCUGGUGCAGAGCGGGCAGUUCGGCUGGACUGGAUUUGGCUCACGGGCAAGGUACGGCUCUGUGGAGCUGCUGCUCUCGGUGCUAGAGAACAGAGAGGAGGUGUGGAAGCUCCUCCGGCAGCCUGGCCGGCGUUACAAGGGGGAGGGAGGCGUGGAAGCGGCUGCCAUCCGCAUCCAGGCCUGCUGGAGACGCUACUACACGCGGGCCGCCUACCUGGCCCAGCGCAGGCGCAAGUGGGCGGCCGGAACCAUUGCCAUCUCCUGGCUGCUGCACACCCAGCUGUGCAGGGUGAGAAAGAGCCUGCAGGUGUCUCGCUACCGCCACCUGGAAAACUUCCGCAGACGGACUGAACAUCUGGCAGCCAACUGGAAACACAUCAGCUCCUCCAGGAGAACCAUCAUCCACAUCCCUUCAUUAGGAUAUCCUCAGCAUCAGCGUUUUGGAUUAAGCGGCUUUGACAUUCUUCAGAACACACAGAUGGGCCGACUGUGCGAGGUCAGAGAUGAGAACGUGGAAGUGAUCUAUGUAUGUCCAGUCCAGCUGACUGAGGAUGUGCUCCAGUAUUACAAACGACUACUGGUGAUGGCAGAGGACGCAAACGCCUCUACACCACAAGUAUCCUGUGCUGAACGCUUUACCGUCCUCACGCCUGAGGCAAGGGCAUAUUUUCCACUGCACAACAUGUGUUUGUCAACACUGUUGAAGUACAGUCCACGAACAUUACAACGCAUCAGACUCCAGAUCACGGGAAAGCAGGCGUACAUUGUGAGUGGCGUGGCCCAUAUCGAUGACCUAGCCAUCGCAGAUGAGCUGGGAGUGCCUGUACUGGGCCCAGAGCCUGGCAUAGCCCAGUUAUACAGCACCAAGUCUAGAGCAAGAAGGAUCUUUGCCAGCGCAGGGGUCGACGUACCCCCAGGACAGUGGGACAUUUGCAUGAAAGAGCAGCUGUAUGACAGUCUGGCCCAGUUAAUGGCUGAUCAUAUGGAGGUGAAGCGAUGGCUCUUUAAGAUGGACAGUGAAAUGCGUGGUUGGGGAAUGGCCUAUGUGGAUGUGAGCAACCUCAGCUGCCACUCUUGGGCCCAGCAGGAGUUCAUCCGACAUGAGCAGGAGCACUGGAGAAACUCCUGGGUUCAGGUAAGGAUCUGGCAAAGUUUCCUGGAUGAGGUCCCGUACCUGCUGUUCCACCAUGCAAAGCUGCUGAGAACAUCCAGAUACCGAACCUGGGACUGUUUUAUGCAAGACUUUCUCAAACAAGGUGGAGUAAUAGAGGCCUACCCUCCAUCAGACAGCGUGACAGGUCUAGCGGUGGACCUGCUGGUGGAACCGGAUGGAGAAGUGAAGAUGCUUUCCUGUAGUGAUCAGCUUUAUGGUCCCAGAGAACUGGAAACCAUUGGUUGCUCCAUGCCCCAGACCUCUGUGUGUCCUGAGACCCUCUACUCUAUUUGCAUUCGCGUGGGACAGGCAUGUCGGCAGCGCCGGAUCCUGGGGUAUCUGUCCUUAGACCUUGUCACCUUCUUGGACCCCAACACCCUGGAGCAGCAGGUGUGGGUCGUUGAUCUGGAUCUGGGUUACAGUAACCAGCUUGCUAUGACCCAGUUGAUGCUUAUGAUGACUGGAGGGACUUUGGACUGCCGCAGCAGCCGCCUAGAGGUGCCCAUACAACGAGCAGCAGUCAGGAGUCGCUACGCGGUGAUAGGUAGCCGACUGCUUCACAGUAACAUCUCCAUGAUGUACCACAGUGUGUUCUUCCAGAUCUGUAAGGCUCGUUGCAUAGCCUUUGACAUCAAGGAAAGGCUUGGCACAGUGUUUGCCCUACAUGACAGUAAGGAGAGAUACAGUCUUGGUAUGAUAACAAUCUCAGAGGAUCUGCAGGAAGCACUGCUGACCUUUGCCCGAAACCUGUCGUUCAUUCAUCAGGAGAUCUCAUCCCCAAACAUGCAAGGAAAGACUAAUUUUAAGGACGUGAUCAAAGCCAUUGAAGGAGUGUUGAGUGUGAUUAAACAGAACGAAACAAUCGCAGAGAAAGAAGAGGAGAAGAUCGCAUAG